CACUUCGAGCAGGUCUAUAAUAACUACUCGCGAACCUGACAAAGAACCAUCAACAAAUAUUCCCGAACAGCCCGAGACUAACGCCAUGGCUCAAAACACUCAGGACACCACGGCUGAAGACACUACAGCUCAAAACAUUACAAGCACACUUGACGCCCUUCAUCUUGAUCCUCCAAUCACUCCACCCGAAACUGUGGAAUCCCUUCGUGCAUAUGAAAAAGAGCCAGGCGAAGCACAGAAGUUUUUAGAUCGCAUGGAAGAUGGCUUCACGUGGCCCGCUUCGAUGCCCGAUAACAUUAGAAGACAGGUUUUCUGGGGUUUCACUGAUGAUGUUGACGCUCCUGAAGGUGACCUAGAUCGAGAAACCGCGGCAAAUUUUCUUUACUUCUUUAACAGUCUCGACAAGGGCAUGUUUGAUGAACAUCAGAAAGACUGGGUACUGGUGUACGGACAGAAGGUAGUGAAGUAUGGGUCAGAUGAGUACACAAACCAGCAAUUAUCAGACCUCGAAGAUGAAAUGCCCGGUGCCAUUUAUAUCCCAGUUGAUCCAUUACUUCGUGAAAAAUAUUUUCAUCCAGUUCCCGCGGCGAGGGCGGUGAAAUCUCAGCGUUCCAAUUAUGGAGAACACCUGCUCAAGGUUCGAGUUAAAAAAGUCGGAUCAGAGGAUCAAACUUCUGUCAUACUUGACUAUCAAUUUUAUGAACCUUUGGACAAUAACAAGUUAUACAAGACGGUUCUCGACACGGGCGCACCAGAAACAAUAUUACCUUUUAACGUCCGUCGACGUCUUGGAAAAAGUGGUUGGUACAGUUCUUCUACCACUGCUCUGGGCUAUGGAGCACCUGCUAGAUUGAUUUUGGCUCGUGAUCCAUUUUUAGUGUCCAUUGGGGACGACAAUGGCUGGAGCAAUUGGGUCCAAACUAACACUCUUCGAGUUUGGGAAUCAAAGCCUGGUGAUCAGGUAGAUUCUUCCCUGAUUGGGGAUGACGUAUUAGAUGAAUUCAACUAUGUCCACAGGCGAAAAAAUGAUGAUAUUAAGGAAAUCAAACAAUCUUCAGCCAAUACUAGUAUUUCUCCUGAAAUAAAAUCUGACAAUACUCACGAGCAGACAGCAUCACGAAAGGCAGGUCUUCAUUUAUCCAGAAAUAAACCAUGUGAAAAAGUGAGACCGAAAGUCCCACUUGAGCAAAACAGCAAGUCAGUGCUGAUACAGCCUGAAGAAACAAAAGUUUCGCAUGAUUAUAUAGUCACCCAAGAUUUCAUUCAAGAAGUGUCUUCAGGGUUCACAGAUGAGGAGAUCAUCGAAGUCAUCGAUGUACUCACUACCAAUACGACAAUAGAAGUUGAGCUAGCUCAUUUGUUUCUAAAAGUAAAUAUUGAGGGAAAAAAUACUAUACAAGCUAAACAGAGAGAUUUCAUAACAGACAGCGAGAAAACGAUUAUUCCAGGAUAUAAUAAAACACCUUUCUGGAAUAACUUUGGAAACCUUACUGAAAGUGAAAAAGUGAGACCAAAAGUCCCACUUGAUCAAAAUGACGUUGUCAAUCAUGUAUCUAAUACAGAAUCUACUGAUAUUAUCAGCAGAGCUGACAUGAUCAAGAAGACCUCAUCGAUAGCUCAGAAAAGUGUACCGCCUAUAUUUGAACCAGAAGUCGAUGUAAGUAUAUCUCCUGUUUCUGUCAAUUCGAAAACCAAGAUAA